AUGAUGGUGCUCUUCUAUGUUCGCUGCUUCGUGUUGCUCCUAUGGAGCCUCUACCCGGUCUGCCAAUCUACUAUCGACGACGAUACGGUUUCAAGAGCCAGUUUAGGUGCAUGGGUUACUCUACGCGACGGUGUCGAUGAAGCAGUAAUCAAAGUGGCGAAGAUGAACGAUGUUGGUGUCGAUGAACAUACUUUCGAUAGAGCGGAAGCGUUUUGCAAACAAGAUGACUCCCAUCUGACGUCUGUUCUAUCCGAAAACGAGAUGAAAUUUAUUGGAGAGGGGGUGGAAACCCGCCCGCGCUAUCUUAUCGGCACGGCCUAG